CACAGGGUGCGGCUUUGCUGCCCGGAACGAACGGUCAAGAGAGGCCAACAGCGGAUAUCUACGCCGCCGGAGACGGCGGAGCAAAGCACAGGUUUGAAAUAUCGGAUUUAAGGAGAAGUAAAUAUGACGUCUCUCGUACAAUUCCCCAUCGAGCCGCCAAUGGAAACCACUUCAUGUGGUUCUUUACUCCAGGAGUUGCAGGUUCUUUGGGAUGACAUUGGGGAGACUGAUCUUGAAAGAGAUAGAAUGAUACUUCAACUUGAACAAGAAUGUCUAAUUGUGUAUAGAAAGAAAGUAGAUCAAGAAAGAAAGCAUAAAGCAAAUCUUGAACGAUCAUUGGCCGAGGGUGAAGCUGAAAUCUCUAAAAUCAUCUCUACCUUAGAAGACCUGGAGCACCCCAUUCAGGUAGGAAAACAAAAAUGCACGCUCAAGGAGCAGUUGUCUAAAAUAGAUCCAUUGUUGGAGGACUUGAGGAGGAGGAGAGACGAAAGGGCUAAGGAAUUUUUAGAAGUUCAGUUACAGAUUGUUCACAUCUGCUCAGAAAUAUCAGGUGAUGUUCAUUCAAGUGGUUCUGCGUGCGCGCAAGUUGAUGAACGGCAUUUGUCAUUAAAAAGGCUCGGAGAGUUGCAGAGCCAACUUCUUGAGUUGCAGAAAGAGAAGAAUACGAGAUUGCAGAAGGUUAAUGCUGACAUGAAGAUGAUAUAUGAGCUGUGUAGCAUAUUAUCUAUUGAUUACAAUAAGAUACUCCUUGAAGUUCAACCUAGUCUUGUUGAUGCUGCAAAUAUCCAGCCAAAGAGUAUAAGCAACGAGACACUUGCUCGACUGGCAGGAACCAUCAAUUCACUGAAGCAAGAGAAAACACAUAGGUUGCAGAAGCUGCAAGGACUUGGGAGUAUGUUGAUGGAGUUAUGGAACCUCCUUGACAUUGCCAAGGAUGGACAAAAUAUAUAUUCCCACAUUACUUUGUUGAUAUCAGCAUCUUCUGAUGAUGUGUUAGGCCAUGGUUCCCUUGCAUUGGAUGUGAUUGAUCAGGUGGAACAUGAAGUAGGGAGAUUAAACAUCCUUAAGGCCACCAAAAUGAAAGAGCUUGUCUUACGGAAGCAAAAUGAGCUUGAAGAAAUCUAUAGGGGAGUCCAUAUGGACUUUGAUAGUGACACAGCAAGACAGAAGAUUAUCAACAUCAUCAAUUCUGGUAAAGCAGAUCUGUCUUUAUUGCUGUCUGAUAUUGAUAAUCAGAUUUCCAUAGCUCAAGAGCAAGCUGCACGCAGGAAAGACAUUUUGGAGAGGGUGGAAAAAUGGAUUUUUGCAUGCCAAGAGGAAAUGUGGCUUGAUGAGUAUGAAAGGGAUCAAAAUCGCUACAGUGCUGGUCGGGGAGCACAUAUAAACUUGAAGCGUGCAGAGAAAGCUAGGGUACUUGUCAGCAAAAUACCAUCUCUAGUAGAAGCUCUUAAUGCCAAAGUUAAAGCUUGGGAAAGCGAAAACGGAGCACAUUUCUUAUACAACAAGAAAUUGCUUCUAGAAACCUUGGAUGAGUAUACUAUCAGAAGACAGCAAAGAGAUGAUGAGAGACGCCGAUCAAGGGAGCAUAAGAGACUACAGGAGCAGUAUGCUACAGAGCAGGAGGUUUUAUUUGGCACAAAGCCUAGCCCAUUGAGGCAGUUAUCAGCUAAGAAACCUCUGGGUCAAACUAAUUUAAACCUGCCAGGAGGAACUCCUGUUGGCCGCCGUUUCUCAAUGUCGAGACCAGUGGUUUUGUCGAGCGGUAAGGAGAAGAAGGAUGGAAACAAGGUUGCUACAGCAAUACCAUUGAACUAUGUUGCUCUUUCAAAGGAUUGUUGAGUGCUGAGAUGGCCAUUUGUAUGUUGUAUCUUACUCAACCAUACAGAAAAGAAAUGGAAAAAAAAAACAAAAGAUUAAACAUUAAAGUUAGAACUCAUUUUAUCUUACAAUGGUAUUAAAACUGCAUGCGUUCUGAUGGGAUAUGUGUAUGGAUCAGUUUUUUUUUUUUUCCCUGAAUCUUGAUAGUAAUUCUUUGCAGGACUUCACCU